CCAGGAUGCAGCUCAUGAAAGCUAUGCCUGGAUUAACCCCAUCUGAAAAGAAAUCCCAUUCCCGGAAGACAAAAGGGAGUCUGAAGGAGGAUGUUCCUAAUGAAACAGCCAUCAAAGGAUCAAUGGACUCCGUGGUGGUCUCUGGUGAUGAGAUAAUCCGCAAAGCGAGAAAACAAUUAAUUGAAAUCCUCCAGAAAGACCUAGAACUUGUUCUAGAUGAGUUAUUCUCCCAGUCCGUUAUCACGGAGGAAGAAUAUGAGGCCUUAGACAAAACUGAGGAGGAUUCCAAGAAGAAAAUUCGGAAACUGCUGAUAAUGAUACAAAAAAUGGGAGAAAUAGCCUGUGGCAAAUUCCUGGAAUGUUUAGAAAUUGCGCUUCCAGGUUCAAAUCAGGUUCUGCAAAAUUCAGUACAUGAGCGUUUGCCUCCAGAGGAGAAGACUGAAAACCCAAGAGUAUUGGGAGAGACAGAAGAAGCAGUUCCCAAAGUCCCUUCAGGACAAGAGAAAGAAGAUGAGCUUGAGUCAGAAGCAGAGCAAAAACAGAAACAUCCUAGCAAAGAAGGAAGAAAAGCGCUUAAGAACAUCAUCGCUAAGUUGAAGUUUCGGAAGUAUUCAAGCAAGAAACUUACCCUGAAAGAAAUUCUGGAAAUCAGUUCCGGAAAUCUAAAAGACUGCAGCCCGUGUACACUGGGAGACUUGCCUUGGAAUUUUCUGAAGAAGGUCUUGGCUUUGAAUGUGACGGCCAGGAGCACAAGCCUUCAACGUGAAACACUGGACGAUAAAGGAAUGCCGUUAAAGGAGAAGGAAAAAAGGAUUGAUGAGAGAAUCUUCUUUGACACCAAAACAGUUGAGAUAGAUUCUGUGAACCCCCUUGAUGUCCUUUGUGCUGUUCUGUUUUGUUCUGACAGUUUCCUCCAACAGGAAAUCCUCCUUAAAAUGUCCAUGUGCCAGUUUGCCCUGCCUUUGAUUCUGCCUCCCCUCAAGACCUCCAAGUGCACCCUGAUGCUCUGGGCCAUGAGGGACAUUGUGAAAAAAUGGAGGCCCCAUUCCUUGGCUGAAAGCAGAGGCUUUAGGGAGGACAGCCUGGUACUGACAUCCAUGCCGACUGUUUCCUUCGUACGGAUGGGGAACUGUAACCUAUCCAAGUCCAAAGUCCUCAAUGAGUUCCUCAGCCCUUCCCAGCAGCAUAAUGAUUUCUUUCUACACCGAGAUAUGGAAGGUGGGAACGUCCCUCGGGAAAUUGCUGAUGGGCUUAUAGAGAUUGCCUGGUAUUUCCCAGGAGGACGGACGAACACAGAUCUCUUCCCAGAGCCAGUUGCUGUUGCAAAUCUCCGUGGAGAUGUUGAGUCUCACUGGGUGCAGUUCAGCUUUUUAACGCAGGUCUCCUCAGCCGUCUUCAUAUUUGCUGAUUGUAUUGGCGAGAGAGAAUAUACUCUCUUGUCAUCACUGAAGGACUUGUCAACUCAGUUCUACUUUAUCUUGGAAGGUCGCAGUAGAAAAUCUGAUUGUACCUUGGAGUUCUUAAAUAAACUGGCACCAGUGAUUAAACUUGACAGUUCACAUAUAUUGGUAAAGACUGCCACAACAAAUAAAGCAGUAUUUGUAGAACACCUUCGAGCUGCUGUUGGAAAAAUAAUAGCCUCAAAUCCUAAGUGUGUAAGUAUUGAUAAGAUGUGUACAACUGCCCAUGAACUUACGAUCCAGGUGGAUGAAGACCACAAAGAAUGUCAGGAUGCCCUCAGAUGUGCCACAGAAAUUUCAGGAGAGAUAAAAGAUGUAGCAGUUUACAAGAAAGAAACACUGAUACUCCAAGGUGAUCUCUGGAAAAAUCUGGCCAAAUUGGAGAAAGAACUAUGCAGAAUGGAAAGACAAGGGGACAUGCCUUCGGAAAAAUACAGAUCACAAUUGAGAGGCAGAUGGUUGGAAUUGCGUAACCAGCAGAGUCAAUGUGAUCUCACCAUUGGUUUGAUUAAUUUCAUCAAGGGCAUAAAACAUUUGAAGGAUGCAGAGAGGAAUUACUUCUUGAAAUGGAUGAAAUUCAACCUGGACCAUAUUGCUAGGGGAAAUCUUUCCAAGUUACGUGCUGACUAUAAAGAGAAAUGCAAGAAAUUGGGAGAUGAUGGGCGGAAGAUUGCAGAGGUCGACCAGUUGAUAUCGUCCUCUUCCUUGGGAGUUGAGCAUUUCAUGCGUGAGCUGGGGCAGUUCUAUGAGGCAGAAUGCUCAAUGGUUAGUGAGGGCAAAAUAGCUAAAAACAAAAGGCAGUUUGCCCAUUUCCCAAGCAUUGCAGCUGAACUACUGCUGGAAGGGUUUCCCCUGGAGCUCAUUGAUGGUGAUGCAUCCAAUAUUCCCCUGCAGUGGAUAACUGAUGUUCUGAAUAAACUCAAUAACAAACUUAGGGGGCAAUCCAAGAUGAUGGUGAUAACUGUUCUGGGGGUGCAGAGCACUGGGAAAUCCACCCUUCUGAACACCAUGUUUGGCCUGCAGUUUGCUGUCAGCAGUGGGCGGUGCACACGAGGUGCCUUCAUGACGCUUCUUAAUGUCAGAGAGAAUUUGGCUCAGGAUCUUGGCUGUGACUUCAUCCUGGUGAUAGACACAGAGGGCUUGAAAGCCCCUGAACUGGCCAAACUGGAAGACAGCUACCAGCAUGACAACGAGUUGGCCACUCUAGUGAUUGGACUGAGCGACAUCACCAUUGUCAACAUGGCCAUGGAGAAUGCCACUGAAAUGAAGGACAUCCUGCAAAUUGUGACCCAUGCCUUCCUCAGGAUGGAGAGGAUUGGGCAAAAACCCAACUGCCAGUUCGUUCAUCAAAACGUCAGUGAUGUUUCUGCACAUGACCAAAACAUGAGGGACCGGAAGCAUCUUUUGGAACAGUUGAAUGAAAUGACCCAGGCUGCAGCAAAAAUGGAAAAACUCAACAGGGAUAUCAAGUUUUCAGACAUCAUGGACUAUGACCCAGAAAUGCACAAUUGGUACAUCCCAGGGCUUUGGCAUGGAGUCCCACCCAUGGCCCCAGUUAACAUGGGAUACAGUGAAAAAGUCCUUGAAUUAAAGAAGUACAUAUUUGAAUUCAUAAAGAACCGCUCAUGUAAAAUACCUCCCAAGGACAUCCCUCAGUUUAUUGAAUGGGUGAAAAGUCUGUGGAAUGCUGUGAAACACGAGAACUUCAUCUUCAGUUUCCGAAACAGCCUCAUAGCAGAAGCUUAUAACCAGCUUUCCAUGAAAUAUUCUGAAUGGGACUGGCAUUUUCGCAGAGAGAUGCACCUCUGGGUAUCUGAACAGGAAACAUCAAUACAGAAUGUUUCUCCCGAUGAAUUUGAUACACGCAGUUUGCAAAGUGAGCUUCACCAGAAGCUGCUGGCUGGAGAACAGCAGAUUCUGGAGAAUUUGAAGCAGUACUUUGAAAGCAGAGCAGCAAAUCUGCAUUUGGUAGAAAGGUACAGAGAAGAUUUUGUCCGUAGUGCUCACAGCCUCAAGCAAGAACUUGAAAGUUAUUCUUACAACAAAUGUCAGGAAGCUGUUCGCAUUAAAAAGGGGCUUCACAAGAUUCACUCUCUAGAAACUGAAUUCUUGAAAGUAAUUGAAGGCAAGGUUGAUGGGCUACUUAAAAAAUGCCGGGAAAAUGAAGAUAGGUUUGAAGAUCAAGAACUGGAAAAAGAGUUUGAAAGAAUGUGGACAGAAACAUUGUCAGAAAUAUCACCUGCUCCCUUAGAGAAACGACAAAUAUAUGAAGAGGUUGAGUUAUAUUUGAGAAAGGAAUUGUCACAUCGAGGAAGUUCAGUCAAUGUAAAAGUACAGAGAGCAAAAUCUUUGAUAAGCUACAGAAUGAAUGCUUUUCAAAUGAAGUCUGAAUAUAUAGAUUCAACAUUGUGGUACCGUAUGAAACACUUGUUUGCUAAAAAGGAGCGUUUGCAUGAGAUAGAAGAGCUUGCUCACUCCUUGAUGUUUAAAUGCAGUUCAUACAUUUGUAAAAAAGUUGAUUCCAAAGGAGACUAUGAUGAUACAUAUUGUGGUGAACUUUUACAGUUUAUCAAUGAAACGCUUCAACAGUCUGAUGCUCAGAAACUUCAUAUAACAGCAUGCUUUGAAGUGGACCUAAAGCUUCACAUUUUGGGGGAAGCAGCUCAUGAAUUUCAGAAGAUGCACGAAGAGUUUAUUAAGGAAAAUGAUCCCUAUAUACGCUUAGAGAAACUGAAGCCUCAUUAUUUCUCAAUUUUCAGAGAUCUUUAUCUGGAAAAAGAUGCCCAGCAAAUCAGAGCCAAGGAUUUUUGUGACCAGUGUCUCCAUCCUGCCCUUGUGAGUUAUAUCAACAAAAGACUUGGGAUAGAAAUAGUAGAUGAUAUUCUCAACAGUGCACAGUCCAUUGGGUAUGCCAGUCGGAGCUUCUUCCAGUUUACUGUCCUGAAGGAACUGUUGGAAGAGGGCAAUGUCAACAAUUAUGUAGAAUACAUUGGGGCUUAUGAAAUGUUUGUCAAAAACUGGAUCCAGGAACAAAUUUUGGAUUACUAUGCAGAGAAUGAGUGUCUGGAGAAACUGGAGAAAGAGAUUCUCUCUGCGAUAGUAAAGAAAAUUGUAGAAACGCUGGAAAAAUUAAAGCAUCAAGAUAUUGAGACUGUCUCAGAAUUUUUGGACAGUUUUUGCAGAGAAAUGCAGAAGGAGUUGGUCAUUUCUAAGGAAAGUCUGUUAGGGGUACAGUUUAAGAAUGCAACUGAUCCUGCACAGUUUUCUGCUUUUGUUGAAAACUUCCUUGCCGAUUUGCAACAGCAAAUAUUAUCUAAAUAUGAUUUCCUGGAUAUCCAGUCUAAACUCUCCAAAUUGCCUGUGAGCCCCCAGGAUGAGAUCUUCAAGCGGGUGUUUGGCUGUGGGAAGCAGUGUCCUUUUUGCAAAGUCCCCUGUGAAGCUGGAGGGAGUGCUCAUCAAGAGCAUUUUGCAACUGUCCAUCGGCCUCAAGGACUGGGAAAGUACAGAAACAUAGUGUCCGAAAAGCUUGUUUAUGAUAUCUGUUCAACUUACGUGGCAUCCAACACUCAGUUCAAAAACCAGGACACAAAUUGGGAACUCUAUCCAUACAAAGAUUAUCGUGCAUAUUAUCCAGACUGGUGCAUCCAACCAGAUCCCAGUAUCAAUUCUUCAGAUUACUGGAAGUUUGUUUUGAACAAAUACAACCAUGAUUUUGCCAGAGCAUAUGACGCUAAACCAGCUGAUCUGCCAGCGGACUGGAAAAACAUUACUGAAGAACAAGCACUGAAGGCCUUAAAGGACAUUUAUAAUAUGAAGUGAGCAUUCUUAUCUUGGCAGAAGAGAAACAUGGAUCUUCUUCUCAUGAAAGCAUUCCACAAAUUAUGCAAGUCUUAAUAACGUAGAAACGGCCCCUUGAAUGUUAAAAUAGAUCUCUUUGAAGGACCCCUAACACUGAUAGAUAGGAAUGCAGAACCCUAUUUGCCCUAAGUCCCUGGCUGGAUGUCCAUUUAUUUCAGUGUACCUUACGUUUUGUGCCACAUGUAGUGGAAUGUUUUCAGCCAGUUGUGUCUACCUGUAUCACUGUGUCCAUCUUCCCCGUUCAGGAGCACAUUUAUCCCAAUCUUGUUUUUCUUCUCUUUCCUGAUGCCCUUAAUCCGGAGCAUAUUAUUUACCCUGAGCAGCAAUCUUUCCUCUUCCCCUCCGUUGUAUUAAAAUACUGCUGCUAACUUGGAAUUUGAAAUUCACCAGGUGAUGGCAGCAGUGCACCUCACCCCCAACGCAGGCUUGCUCAUAGUGGGGGUUCUUCAGAUGAUAAGCUUGCUUCCCUUCCUGUUUAUUAUUAUUACUCUCUCAGUUAUCAUGAUAAUUGUAAUUCCCUAUCUACUCUCAUGUUUGGAAGAAAACUUUUGUCGGGUAGAAUUUCUUUAGUAAGUUUUAGCCUUUAGGAAUGGUGGAGUCUACCGAUGCUGAUUUUCACUUCUUUUUUGCAAUGACAUUUAUAAAAAUGAU